GGGGGGAGGACUCUGUCUCGCUACAUGUGUUGUCUUUGAGUCGUCCUUCCUUCCCGUCCCACGUCCCUCUUUCAUGAUCUCACUGGACAGCAAUCUCUACAAUUCUUAAAAAGUUUAAUAAAUAAAUAAAAUUUCCGUUAUUUUAGAUCUUUGUAAUUAACUGUCUAUGGAAAUGGCUUCAAGCGCACGAACUGUAGAGGAGAUCUUCAAAGAUUUCAGUGCUAGAAGAGCUGCUGUUGUGCGUGCUUUAACUUAUGAUGUGGAUGCUUUUUAUGGACUCUGUGAUCCAGACAAGGAGAAUUUGUGUCUGUACGGACAUCCAAGUGAGACAUGGGAAGUAGCCCUGCCAGCAGAAGAAGUUCCACCAGAGCUCCCUGAACCUGCCCUUGGAAUUAAUUUUGCUAGAGAUGGGAUGAACAGAAAAGACUGGCUUUCUCUUGUUGCUGUGCACAGUGAUUCAUGGUUGCUUUCGGUGGCUUUCUAUCUCGGUGCUCGUCUUAAUCGGAAUGAGAGGAAACGACUAUUCAGCUUGAUCAAUGAUCUGCCUACUGUCUUUGAAGUUGUAACAGAAAGGAAGCCUGUGAAAGAAAAGCCUAGUGUAGAUAGUGGAAGCAAAUCUCGAGGCAGCAUAAAGAGAUCAAGUGAUGGACAAAUGAAAAGCAACCCUAAGCUUAUGGAAGAUAGUUACGAGGAUGAAGAAGACCACACUGAAACGCUAUGUGGGAGCUGUGGUGGAAAUUACAAUGCUGACGAAUUCUGGAUUGGCUGCGAUGUCUGCGAGAGGUGGUACCAUGGAAAAUGCGUGAAGAUAACACCCGCUAAGGCUGACAGUAUUAAGCAAUACAAGUGUCCAUCUUGUAUGAAGAGGAGCCGGUCAUAGUCGGUGUCGUUGCAGUGGCAGACAAAGUAGUGUAUUAACAUUACCUCUUAUGCAAUGUGAAAGUUAAAAAUGCUUGUUUAUAACAGAUGCCCCCAACGGUUUAGUUUGCCUUCUUCCCAACUGAACCAUUUGCUUAAAUAGCAGGUUAUGUAAUCUGAUCUCUUAUUUUGUGUUAAAUGCACGAAUAACAUUACACCGGA